AUGCUCUCUAUAACUGUAAGUUUUACUCUAUUUAAUGAUUUAAAGUAAACUUAAACCCAACUAUAGCAAUAUAUCUAUUCUACUAAGCCUGAGUUUACACUAGCCAAGUUCACAGUAUAAAUUUAGGUAAUGUUUUGAAGUUUGAGGAAAUUAACUCCGUGUUUAACAUUAAAUCAGUUUCCUCAAAUUGUAAAUUUUGUAAAUCCUUCAAAAUAAUUCACCGAUGCAAAAUUCCUACUGUGAUCUUUGAUAGUGUCAACCAGGCUUUAUGACAAAAUGAUCGUGUCUUCGUUAUUCUAUCCCAAACUUCAGGAAUGAUCGAUAUAUCUAAAAUUUAAAAAUAUAUUUGUUAUCAUUUACACAAUUUAAAUAAAAUUACUGUUUCAGAAAAAAGUAAAAGUGUCGUUGGCGGUAUUGACUGCAGUGUGCGUUAUCUAUCUAUUUACAUCAGGAUUUGCACCGUACAAAGGUAUCUCAAGAUUAUCAUCAACUUUAUAUAUAUAAGCAGAAUUAAUAUUUAACCUACAUCGCUUUUACUUUAGAAAAAACAAGGUUAUAUGUACAACAAAAGUUUGUCCAUGAAAAAGGUAAUAGGGCCUAUAUAUUUUAUGAACGGAGACAUUUCUGAAGUUGUAGUCAAGCUAUUGUCAGGCUUGACCUCGCACAAUAGUUUCACUAUAAAGAAAAGUCCCUACUAUAUCUUUAAUUGUUUUUGGUAAACUUUAUUGCCAGUUGAUCUCUACGUUUUCUUCACAGAGAACCGUCAUUCAAAGAGAUCACAUGACCACAACGAAAAUGAGCGAAUAUUGACUGAUACGUUGCUUAGUAUUGAAAGACAAGGAAAGUUUCCUGACGAUAACCCAUGCCCUUAUUUGGGAGUACGUAAACCAAUCACAGACAGCAAAUAUCCAAAUGAAUAUGACGGUAUUACAUGUAAACCACAUAGGUAAGCCCCAGACACCUAGAUCUAGCUAGUGUUGUGAGAGGUGCCACAGUGCAUGUGAUCUGUGAUCGUAGCAAGAUCAGUAAUUCAUGCAGUAUACUGUUCUCUGAUUAUAUAAUUCCACCUCAAUCGCGAAUGAGAAGAAUGCUUCACCAAUCACCACAGGUUCCCUCCUGCAUUAAAGAAAUGAUCCUUACUGGACCUCUCGGGAGAACAGUAUAGAAAUGAUAGAGUAUAAAUAAAGUUAGUUUAGUUUAGGUUUCCUCCUGUAGUAACACUGGAUUAAUAAGAAAUUAUCCUUACUGGACCUCUAGGAAGAACAGUUUAGCACUGAUAGAGCUAUCCAGUACAAGUACCCUACAGGACCUAUUUUCUGCAGUGAUAAAAUUACUUUUGCUUCUACCAGACCUCACGUAAAAGACUGCGAGUUAGCCUACGAAAUCUACGGCUCAGCGAAUGACCUGAAACCAGAACAAUGCACGGAAAUCAAGUAUGAAGACUUGUGUACAUUUCGAGCCAAUGAGAGUGCAGGAAAUUACAACUUGGAAUGUGAUUGGUCAGUUUGUUUCCCGCGCACACCGUACAUCGGUGAGAUGAACUCAACUUACGGAAGGAUUGUGAGCUGGAUUUAUGCGCCUAGUGACGGCACAAUUGAAGAAAUUAUCCAGCAUAGUAUACAAAAUGGAUUCAAUUUUGUCUUUUUUAAAUGUGGUAGUUUAAGACAAGUCUUAUCUCUGCCGAGAACAUUAAAGUUGUCUUCCACAAGAAAAAAAGCUAGAAAGAUCAAUGUCAACAUAAUAUUAAUAGAUUCCAUAUCCAGGCCGCACUUUUAUCGCUCAAUGCCACAGACUAUCGAGGCACUACGUCAUGUAGUGUACAAUGAAAGCCUCCUAGCAACAGUGUUGGACUUUGAACUUUUACAGAGUGUCAGUCAACAUACGAUGGAUAACUGUAGACCUCUUUAUUCUGGUGUGACCUCAGGUGAGUGUACCCUGUUCAUGAUCAAGUUCUAUCCAUGAUGAUCCAAGACUUGCUCCAGACUGACCAGCUGUUGGAAAACUAACUUUCUAAUACUCUUUAUUCCAGGUGUUUACAAGGAAUUUAGUAGUAAAUGGAGAAAGUCAAUCGAAUCACUGGGUAUACCUGUGUUAUUUGGCGAAUAUAAGAAAUCAGGUUAUCAAACCUUGUUCCAAGAGGAGGGAUGUUGGUUUGACCACUGGGGGCUCAUGCUCACUGAUGUAGAGAGGUAUCCUACCCCUAGACGCAGGGAAGGCUUUGCCAAGAGGUAAGGGGUCACUCUACACACGUAAAAAUCUCACAACUUGUCAAAACAAGGUUGUCACUCACAACUUGUUGACAAAUUGUUGAAUUGCAGGACGAUAAAAAGUUGUUGCAACAACAUGUAACAAGUCUGUUGAGCUCCACAACCUUGUAGCAAGUUGUCAACAAGCAGUGCGAACACAUCCUGUUGACAAGUUGUUGGAACAGCAUUGCUAAGUCUGAAAGCGUUUUUACGUGUGUAUCCUGUACAUGUAGCUUUACUCUGGCAAUCAUAUCUCUGUUUGUACAGUAGACAUUUUCUGAGAAAAUCAGAAUGGUUUUUACCUUAGGUGGCAAGAGCUUCAAAAACGAUGGGAAGAUUACUACAUCGAUGACUUUGGACUAACUCACUUCACUUGUGAAGUUGUCAAAAAAUAUAGCCAAACCAACGAUUUAGAUAUACCAGACCAAGUUUGCUUCAAUGGUGAUUUUAUCAGCACAUACUACCUCAAAUACCAUCUUGAUUAUCUAAGGUCAGUGACAGUGUCGCUACGGUCAAGUACCUACUGACAUUUUCUUGUAUAUCUUACUGACAACUGAUAAAAAUAACUGACAAACGAUAGACAAUUUAGAACUGAUAUCGUGGAAAAUAUCUUAACUGAUAGCUGACAUAUCAGUAACUUGGAAUCUUAUAAAAUAUCUUACUGGCAGCUGAGAACUGGCUUGAAUUUUAAUUCACUGACAUUCAAAGAACUUCAUUAAGAUCCCCUUAUUGUUCUUUUUAGGUCUAUCCGUGAUUAUCAAGACUCGCUCCCACUCCUCCACUAUCUUCACCUGGUCACCGGUCACACCUCCUCUGGAACACGUAUUCGCAAUGAUGACGAAGGCCUAGCUAAUUACGUCACGCAGCUUGCACGUGAUCCUAACACGCUGAGUAUAUUCUUAUCAGAUCAUGGGCACACAAGAACAAGAUUUGGGAGAACGGUCGAAGGUCGUUUUGAACUCUCAGAUCCACUUAUGUUUGCAAUUCUUCCAGAAAACAUCGCAAAAAUACUCGGAAAAAAUAAAGUACGUUCAUUGGUCGAAAACCAACGACGGCUUUUCACAACUCUUGAUAUACAUCGAAUGUUGAUGGCUUUGAACAAUCCAGUUAAAAUGAGUUCAGAAGAUUAUAAGGUUAAUGGUAUUCUAUCAGUGUUGCCUAGCAACCGUACAUGUAAAAACCUGCCUCUCACCCCCCUGACGAGGUGUAAAUGUGAAGGUUGGGAUCAGAAAGUUGAAGAUAAUUCCCAGAAACAUGCUUGGUUGGCUGAGUUCGCUGUUGGACAACUUAAUAAUAUGAUUCAAGAGCAGUUUAUGAAAGGUUUGAAGUUCUCCUUUUAUUUUUCAGCUAGUUGUAUCCCCAUCCUUGUAUCUCAAUCCUUGGUUGGACCACUAGUCAGGGUCUUAAAACAAUUGAGGAGAAAGAGCUACCUUUACAUCGAGCUACCUAGAAUCUAUCACAAAGGACGUGUUUAUACUCUUUCAAAUAUCUUAAUUUAUCUCCCUAGGGAAUAACAGCGGAGGUUACGGCUCGUGUUUACGGCUACGAGGACUGGAAACUAAGAACAACCUCGAGAAACAAACAGAGGAACGACUGGAGAUUACUAUGGAUUUGUUAGUGGAAUCUGUAUUGCCAAAUAUGGUGGAAGUAUUCCAAGUGUUAAUUGAAACACCAUUACUACCAGACGAGACAAUCGCUUCAGCACAGCUGGUCAAAUUUGACAGACAUACAUUGUAUAACCGUUACCAACAUUGCGUGGAUGAUGGCGUGGACAUCAGGUUGUGUACAUGUGUAACGAAAUAUAACGAUGAUUCUCCGAUCACCUCCGACCGUCUCCGAAGCUUAGCAACUCGUAAAGGGUUCGGAGCAGAGACUGAAGUGACAACGCUUGAUAAAGACAAAGAAUGUCUACUUCUGCUGAGCAGAAAACAGAAUUUUAGUAUUUCGUACGAG